CUCACCGCCUGUUACCGUUGUGAUAUCUAUGCACCUGAUAACACACACACAACACACCCGAAUAAAAAGCAGCGGCAGGAGGUGUUUCAGAACAGUGUUGCCAGAAUGGUGCGUUAUACUUCAAUCGCCUUCGUCUCCUCUCUCCUCCUCUGCGGCGUGGUGCCGUCGUGCCGCGCCAAAGUGUGCCAGCCUUCCUGCGCAGGCCACAAACCUGGUGACAAAGUGCAGGACCCACUGUCCUGCUACCGCUACUACUACUGCCAGCCUGACGGGAUGCCCUCAGACGCCCCUGUCCGUUGCCACGACAGCACCCCGAUCUUUGAUCCCAGCACAAAUGAUUGCAGCAACAACGUCGAGUGCCACGUGCAGUGCCUCAACCCGUGCCAACUCUCGUGCAAAGACAAUAUGCAGUUGCUAGGUGACCCAAUAGAAUGUGGCACUUAUUACCUCUGCAUCCCAGGGAACGUUCAGGGGCCAUUUUACUGUUCCAGUGAUACUCCUUUCUUCAGCAGGGAGAAGGAGCUGUGUGUCGCAGACCACACGGUGUGCUGUGACAAAGAGGACCGCUGUAUACCAAUGUGCCAGAGAGAGGCCACUGAGGUGAUAGACCCCAGGGACUGCAGGAAGUAUUACGUGUGUACCGGGCCAGGUGUUCCCUUGGACGAGAACCAUUAUAGCUGUGAAGAGGGCGAGGUGUUCGAUGUGUUCUGGGGGAGGUGCUCCCCUGACGCUAAGUGCUACACGCUCUGCUAUCACUAAGGGAGGCUUGUGUGCUCCUUACGUGCACCUUGUAUUGACUGAGGUGCACUGAGAGCUGGGGUUUGAAAAAAAAAAAGUCCUAUAUAGCCAGAGGAUUGAUAGAAUUCCCUGUGUAUGUUUGUUAGGCAAGCAAACCAAUAAAACUACUUGUGUAUGCCUUUAA